AUGUCUAAUAUUUUAAUACUUUGUCCAAAAUGUUAAACAAAUCCAGCAACACUUUAAUGUGUUGAUUGCCAAGAAUAAAUGUGUUAUUCCUGUGAUCAAAAAGUACAUUUAUAAUUGAAAUAACAUUAAACUAAUAUCAUUCCUUAUUCAUGUAAUAUAUUUAUUAAAAAAGAGAUGAAACAGAUUAAAUCAACCUCAUCUAUCAUUAGUGGUAUUAAAGACCACUCCAAUUUAUCAUAAGAAUUGCUACAAGAACUAAACGAAUUAGAUGUCAUUAUAUAAACCAAAAAAUCAUUUCUUAUCAAAUAAGAAGAAAAAUGGAAUACAUAAAUAACUUCUCUUGAAAACUAAUAUGAAUAAAAAUUACAAUAAUUUGAAAAAGAAAUUGAAUCUAAUGAAAAUUAGUUUAAAAAUUAUUAUUCAAGUGGGAAUACUACUUCAAUGAUUGCUGAUAUUAAAAAAUAAAUGGAAGCAUAAAAACAGUAUAUUUACUAUUCAUCAAUAGAUUAGCAUGGAAAGAAUUAAAUGAUAAAAAAGCUAAACUAUAAGAAAAAGAAAUAUUACUUAAAGACAUGAUUUCAGUUGAAUCAUAUUGUUCUAAAGAAAUUGCAUAAAAAGAAAAACUAAUCAAUGAUUAUAAAGACUUUUUAUAAAAAUAAUAAGCUGAAAAAGAUCUAAUUAAAGAAGAAAAUUAAAAAAUUAUGAAUCAAUUAGAAUCAAUUAAAAAUUUAUGUAAAAAGAAUUUACCUGAAUUUGGAAUUAAUGUUGAUUUUUUGGAUAAAUUAAUGAAAGUUAAUAAAAUCAAGAAUAAUGAAUAAGUUGAAGAAUAAGAUGAAGAAUAUGAAGAGGAAGAGGAAGUAGAGAAAGAAGAGGAAGUAGAAGAAGAAGAAUAAGAAGAAGAAUAAGAAAAAGAAUAAGAAUAAAAUGAAAAUGAAAAUGAAAAGUAAUAAAAAAAAGAUGAAGAAAAUUAGAAUGUAGAAUAAAAAUGA